AUGAUUUUGCAUUUCCAGGGAGAGAACUGUAUGUAAGCAAUACAGUUCUCUCCCCUGUCAGCACCAGCAUGCUGCUUUGUAUUGCUCUGCAUAGCAGAGCAAUACAAAACAGCAUGCUUACAUAGUAAAACAGCACAUAAUGUGAAACAGCACACAGUUAACCCUUUGAUCGCCCCACAUGUUAACCCCUUCCUGUCCAGUGCCAUUAGUACAGUGUCAGUGCUUUUUAUUAGCACUGAUCACUGUAUUGGUGUCACUGGGGAUGUCAGUGACACCAAGUCAGUUCCCCCCAGUAUCAGAAUGCCCGCCGCAGUCCCCGCUAUAAGUCGCUGAUCGCCGCCAUUGCUAGUAAAAUAUAA